AUGGCAUACCCACGACAUGGGCUACGAUUCGGUGAGAUUAACGAGACAAAUGGAACUGCUGAAGAAGUGGCUGCAAUCAAAAAGAUUGGUAGAAUUGUUGGCCCGAUGAACGCCGUUCUGCGUGUGCCUCAAUACGCCAUCAACUUCUCACGUAUGGGUGACUUCUUUUUCAAGCAGCAAGUCAUUCCAAGAGAUGUUCACGAAUUGGCAAUUAUUUAUGUCGGACGUCAUUGGAAUGCUCAGUUUGAAUGGUUUGCUCAUCGUGCAAUUGCAAUCAAAGAAGGACUUCCCGCUCAUAUAUGUGAUGCCAUUGAGCAAGGGCGACGACCCGAAAACAUGAAUGAAAACCAGAGAAUCGUGUACGAUUUCACUGCUGAGCUCAUCCAAAACAAGGGAGUCAGUGACAAGACAUAUGCUGAAGCAAAAGCCAAGUUUGGAGAGAAGGGAAUUAUUCAUCUGAUUGGUGUGAUCGCAUUCUAUACAUCGGUCUGUAUGGUGCUUAACGUGGACAAAUUCCCAGUGCCAGAAGGCGUAACUCCCAUGGCACGUCUGUAA